CUCCUCCAUCACUUCUCCCGCUGACUCAGUGCCUUGAGAGCCUCCCGCCCAGCUCAACACACGCAUCCUCCGCCGAGAAGCACCAGCCAUGGCCAAAACAGCGACCGGGCAUUUAGCAGACGCUUUUAUCCAAAAGGACUGACAAUAAGUACAUUUGUCAGAAGAAAGAGAAAAUCACUGCCACUUGCCUACAAGGAGAAGAUGAAGGAGCUGUCUGUCCUUUCCCUCAUCUGCUCCUGCUUCUACCCCGAGACCCACAACAAGCUGCUUGGACAGUUUGAAGACAUGGAGGUGAAGCCCAUCAACAAGCGAGCUUCUGGCCAGGCCUUCGAGGUGAUCUUGAAGCCUCCUUCCCCGGUGUCGGAUGCUGUCCACAGCCUGCCGUCCCCCCCAAAGAGGGACAUCUCCCUGGAGGACAUCCAGAACAAACUGGAGGCGGCCGAGGAGCGAAGGAGGUCUCAGGAGGCCCAUGUACUGAGGGCCUUGGCGGAGAAGCGAGAGCACGAGAGGGAGGUGAUGAUGAAAGCCGUGGAGGAGAACAACAACUUCAGCAAGAUGGCAGAGGAGAAGCUCCAGAUGAAGAUGGAUCAGAUCAAGGAGAACCGCGAGGCCUACCUGGCAGCAAUCAUGGAGCGCCUGCAGGAGAAGGAGAGGCGUGCAGAGGUGGUGCGGAGGAACAAGGAACUCCGGGAAGAGCUGACAGCAUGAGCCCCGCGGUGACACCGGGAUGGACUUGGGACUCUGUCUCCAUCUCCACCUCAAGCUCCGUCCCGGCCCCCCUUCAUAGACGCUCCUGAGCAGGCAUCCCACGCUGGACCUCUGGGGGCUGAGGACAACACUGACCCACUCAGCCCCCCCACCCAACCUCACUCCUCCUCCAUCAGUAUUAUCAAUUAUCAGUGGAUGCAAUCAUGGAUGACCCUUAUAUCGGAAAUUGAAUGAAUGUAAUAGAUUUAAGAGACAGAAAUCACAAGACAGAAAUCUGGUUUAUGGUGUGUAUAUAAUUUAUUUGAAUCUCUUUCGAAUCGAUCUGAAUCUCUCUCUCUCUUUCUUUCUUUCUUUCUUUCUUUCUCUCUCUCUCUCUCUCUCUCUCUCUCUCUCUCUCUCUCUCUCUCUCUCUCUCUCUCUCUCUCUCUGUCUCUCUUUAUUUACAGUAAGUAAAGUAAAGUAAAAGGAUGCUGAUGUCCGACUCUACCUGAAUGAUAUUCUUUCUCCCUGUAGUUAUAAUGUUUUUGUUUUUUUAUGUUGAGAUAUGCUGUUUACGCGUGAAAAGCCUUCAGUGUUGUGAGUUGGUCUAAGACAGACAUUUGCAAUGUUUUUUGAUGUCAUGAUGAUGAUGAUGAUGAUGAUGAUGAUGAUGAUGCUGAUGAUGAUUUAUUUCCUGUCUCUUUGUGAAGAAUGCAAAUUGUUGUUACAAACUCCCCAAGAUAUCACCUGGUCUCCAUCACAGAAACACAGCCGCUCUUGUUGCACAUGCUUACAGGUAUUGUAACCAAUAAUCCUAUAUGCAUAGAUUCAAAGAGCCUCCUUUCAUGAAGGGAUCACAAUGGUCUUUAUUCUGGUUAGGAAUGUGUUACCCCAACAGAGCAGCUGUUUAUUCACUUGCCCAUUCCUGUUCACUUUGAGUUAAUGCCAAAAGAACACAAACAUGCGUAGUCACUCCACUGAUCUACAGUACACAGUAUUUGGAGUUGCAUCAUCCUGGUACCAUAAAUGGUGUUAUGAAAAGUGAAAUGUGCUGUGGCUCCCAUCUUGAUAUUUAUAGUUUGAAACCAAAGUGUGCUUGUGUGUGUGUGUGUGUGUGUGUGUGUGUGUGUGUGUGUGUGUGUGUGUGUGUGUGUGUGUGUGUGUGUGUGUGUGUGUGUGUGUGUGCGUGCGUGUGUAUGUGAAAAAGAGGGAGGGAAAGUGGUUGCAUGCAGCCAGAUGUGUAGGGCAUCAAAGUGAAGCAUCAACAGCUUCAUCUGCUCUCUUGAGGUAAGACAGAGGAUGGAUGGAGGAUGCUUUGCCCUCAGCACAAGUUGUUUUUUUGUUUUGUUUUGUGGGGUUGCUAUCCAAACCCACGGACAACUGCCUGCAUACUCUAUUGCCUGUGUUACCCUUCAUAGCUCUCUGUGAAAACUCUUCUCAAUAAAAGAGUGGGGUUAUGUUCA